UGUCCGUCUCAUAGGUUCUUGAAUUUCGUAUGCACUUCCUUCACUGGCUUCACGUAAUAAAUGUUUCCUCACAUUUUAUCCCAAACGAAAUCAGUCGUCUGGUAAGCAAAUUGAUGCUGCAUAACUGGGAUUAUUGAAGACAAAGUACGUAGGUAUAGGUACAGUAAAAUAGAGAUGUAAAUCAAACCAGUUGGACGGGCGUGUGCAGAAUCGUCUAGUCAUAUAUAUUUCAAAGGAUUAGCAAACCUCCUAAUAACAAUACAAGGCACGAAAGAUGUACGUCAACACGAUAGCAAACUGCAAAGAUUUCGAAAAUUCGCCUCUCAACUGGAGUCAAAUAACCUUCGAUCGCGAUCCAAUUACUAAGGACUUCUCUUUCAACAUCGAGCUAACCGUGCAUAAGGAAGUUAGUAAAAAAUUCGGGAUAGAAUUUAAUAUAUGGAAAUGUGAGAACGAAGGAAGCCUGGAUAGUUGCGAAUAUUUCCUCAAAGAGCAGAAAAACUUCAAAAUAUGCUCCUACCUUCUGGACAAAAAUCAGUUUUGGUCAGUAUUCACGAAAGCGUUCGUGCCUCCUUUAGUAUGCCCGAUUAAAACAGGAGUAUAUAAAGCGAUGAAGAUUCCAUUUCAAAGUUCCUACAUCAGAUUUUUGCCAAUACAGCAACCAGUUAUCCGAGGCCGUCUGAUUGGAUGGGAUGAUACUGUUAAAAUUUCCUGCGUUGAUAUAGAAAUUGUAUUCAGCACGGAAAAACGUGGAUAAAUUUGUCUAAUAAAGGGUUCAUGCAAGAUAUUAAUAA